GCUGCCCUUUAUUUUAUUUUAUUUUAUUUUAUUUAUGAAAUUCCAGUUUAACCGCCACUGCCCAACGUUUUCACAUUUCCUCGUUCCUUUCACAAUUUCGUCGUCUUCUUCUACAUCUUUAACCUUUCCCCGUCUUUAUAGAUAGAUAAAAUGAAUCAUCAUCGUCAUCGCAACUACUCAAGCAAAAUCAAGCUCACUAUUUAAACCCUAACUCAGUUAAUUUCUCUUUAGUUCACUCUCAUCGACCGAGAUUCAACCUUUUAACUCAGCAAACAAUGAGCAGGCGAUUCGAGCUCAUCGAGCCCUCCUACUACCCUCCCCUCUUCCUCCGAGAUACCUCCAUUUUUGCCCCCAAAACCCUACCUUUCCCUUUUUUUGUAAAAGAGGAUGAUCUCGAUCUCGAUCUCCCAAACAUUUACCCUGGCCAUGGCCCCAUAGAUUUCUUCGAAACGGUCACCGAUCUUGUCUGCUUCAAUGAAACGCCGUCGUUUUCUUCUUAUAGACGACUUCAGCGAUUCGACAGUCUCGGAGCCCAGUCUUUUUACUUGCAGAGCCUGUCCGACCGAGUGAGCCUGCUGGAGUCGCGUUUCGACCGGCUACUCAGCUCGAGGUCCAAGGGCGGCGACCGGAAGUACACUUGGACGGCGGAGAUCAAGAGCCCGGAGAACGAUGGAGUGGAUCGGAAGUACAAAUGGACGACGGAGAUCAAAGAAGGGAGGAAGGAGAAGGGAGGUAUUGAGAAGAACUAUAAGUGGUCCGCUGAGAUUAACGGGAGGGGAGAAGGCCGUCCGAUCGAGCGGACGUACACGUUCAAAGCAUCAAGUGGCGACGCAGAUGAUCAUGGUGGAUCAAAGAGGAAGGAGGUGGAGAAGAAGAAAAAGAAGACGAAGGGAGAGAGUGACACGCGUUUAGUGGAGAUCGAAGAGCCAGUAGAUCAUGGGGCUGUGGUUUUGAGACAGGCAUUUGCUAAGAGAGUUGGAGCUAUUGAAAGGAGCAAAGGUAAGAAGAAGGAACUAUCUCCUCACGAUGCUGCAUUGAUGAUUCAGAUGAGCUUUAGAGCUUAUCUGAUCCGUAGAUCACAGGUGCUUCGUGCCCUUAGAGAUUUAGCAGUUGCCAAGACCAAGUUGAAGGAGAUCAGAGCAUUAUUCAAUAAUUUCUCCUACCGUCGUCGUGUAGCUCAAGAUGCAGAAGAGCGUCAGAGGUUCUCAGAAAGAAUUAUUGUCCUUCUCCUUACAGUUGAUGCCAUUGAGGGAGCUGACCUCAUGGUGCGUGCUGCAAAGAGGUCAAUGGUGGAUGAGUUAGAAGCAAUGCUCGAUGUAGUGGACCCGCAGCCUCCUGGUAAAUCACCGUCCAUGAGGAGGAGGACUUUUGAUAUGCCUGAUGGUGUCAUUCAGAAGGAAAUUGCUGCAGGUGUGGCACGGGUUGUCCAAAUGCUUAAUCGGGAAGAGGAGAGUGCCAAUGCCAUCGAAGCAUCCCUCUGAGGGAAUGGUAAUGCGACAACUCACCACUGUUUUAGUUUCCUUCUGGUGUUAUAAAGUGUUACCGGCUAGGAGGUUUUGACCCAUUUGAGAAGAUGGAGAAGACUUUUUAAAUGGCCCUAUCUCUUGUAUUGAGUUGUGUACUGCUUGGACUUCUCCCACUGCUUCCAAGAGUUUUACCAGAUUUAGAAGACUUUAAGAUGGCUGAUCAUGGCACUCCGAUUUGUGUGUGUAAUGUGUGGAACUGGCCGGUAGUGAUAAUUAUUAAUGUUCUCGACCCAGGAAAGCCUUCAUCCCAACCACUUUGCAUUGAUCUAUUUUCACCAUCUAGCUCUCUGAGGGCCGGCCAUGUUCUCUGCUAAAUUGGUUUUAGGCUAUCUUCUCUAUCACAUUUCUCACAUCCUUCAAUUUGUUAAAAGUUAACAGUCGUUACUAUA